AGUCAGUGGAGACACUCACCGUGUUUGUUUAAAGAAGAUGACUUGUACGUGUCAGAAGUGGCAAAUAUGUGGCAUCCCAUGUGAGCAUGCAUAUGGUCUCAUCAUUGAUAAGAAGCUAACGGCUGAGAACUACGUCUGCCAGUGGUUCCGAACAGCUAUAUGGAGGAGAAACUAUGAAGAAGGCCUAACUCCACAAAGAAGUGCAAAGUUUUGGCCUUGUACAAAUGGGAAUAAGGUGUAUGCAGAACCACCUGAGGAAAAACAGACCAAGGCUGACAAGAAAAGGAAGAAGGGUGUCAAUGAGUCACCUACUAAGAAGCAACCAAAACAGAAAAAAAGAAUAAUGCAUUGUGGCAUUUGUGGGGAAGCUAACCAUAACUCUAGAUUCCAUAAGUCUGAAUUUGCUCAGCCUUCUCGACAGCCUACUCAACCUGAACCAAGUCAAGGAUCACUCACUCAAGCUUGAUCAAGAACCUACUUAUUACUAGGGUGCUAAUUUUGUGGUUGCCUAGAUACAUAUUUUCGACCACAUGAACUCUUUUCUUCCCCUAGGUCGCUUAGUGUCUUUUGUCUCCAAUGGUGAAUUUUGUGGUUGCUCAUGUUGUAUUUUCGACCACAUAUACUCUUGCCUUUCCUAACUCUUUUGUAUGAUCUAUUUCGUUUCAAAUGA